AUGAUUAUAUUUAUUUUGAAUUGGUUUUUCAUUUUAUUUUUGUUAUGUAUUUUUCAAGUUAAUCUGGUUACGACAACUCAUCUUCCUAAUUAUCGAUUCACCAGAACAAACAAUAAUGAUUUAUACACAUGUCUUUCAUCAUUAUUACCAUUGACAGUACGUACUAUUUAUCCAUGUAGUACUAUAGCAAAUCAAAACAAUUUUCAAUGUAAAUGUGUUCAUUUCAAUAUUACUAAUUUAUCUGCUAUUCGUGGUGGUCGAUUUUCUCAUUCACCAGCUGUGAUUGUGUAUGUAACCGAUAGUAGUGAUGUACAAAAUGUGCUGGCAUGUGCAGCAAACUUAAACUAUGUUGUGAAUGCAUUAAGUGGAGGUCAUAGUUAUGAAGGUUAUGGAUUAGGUUCAACAUACAAUAAUAUUAUAAUUAAUAUGGAAGGAAUUAAUUAUAUAAAGAUUAAUCAACAUGAUAGAACAGGAACAUUUGGAGCUGGUACAAGACUUGGUCCAAUCUAUUAUGAAGCAUAUCAAUCAGAUAACUAUACAAUUAACGCUGGAAGUUGUCCAUGGGUAGGACUUGCUGGUCAUGCACUUGGUGGUGGAUAUGGACUGCUUUCUCGGUUGCAUGGAUUACUAUCUGAUAAUGUUUUGGAAAUGAAAGCAGUUAAUGCUCAAGGUGAGUUAUUGACGAUCAAUGAAACACAUGAACCAGAUUUAUAUUGGGCAUUACGUGGUGGUGGUGGAGGUUCAUUUGUUAUUGUCACAGAAUUUAAAAUUCGAUUAGUCAAAGCUCCAUUACUCACUACACAAUAUUCACUUGUCUGGUAUCCAAAUGCAUCUAAACUAGUAAUCCAACGAUAUCAAUUAUUGAUGUUUAAUAAUACAAUAUUUAAUUUGAGUAAUGAUCUAUUUGUAUCCAUGACUGUGAAUCAUCUUGAAAUAACAAUUUCAAUUACUUAUUUUGGUAUCGAAUUAGAUGUGCUGAAAAGAACUGUAGCAUUAUUGUUAGAAACAUUACCAACUCCAAAUAUAACUAAGAUACAUUCAGAAGAUUGGUUAACUUUUGUUUAUGACGGAUUAGGACUUGGUAAUAGUAAUGUUGAUCAUCGAUAUUUAUUAUUUAAAAACUUAACAAUGCCAACAUAUUGUUUCAAAGCUAAACAUUUAUUUUAUGACAAACCAAUAAGUGAUCAUGGUCUUGAUCAAUUUCUUAAUCGAAUAGCAUUAGGUAUUGGUGAGCUUUAUAUAACAUUCAGUCCUUGGGAUGGACAUAUACAUACAAUUCCAAUUGAUAAAACAGCAUUUCCACAUCGACGAUAUAAAUUUGGUAUUCAGUUGAUGAUUUAUUGCAAUGAUACAAACUCAGAAAAGAAACAAAUGAAAUGGUUAAAUGAAAUCUAUUCGACUAUUUAUCAUGAUUCAACAAAACAUUCAUAUAUCAAUUAUAUUGAUAGAGAUGUCCCAAGUUGGAUGGAUUAUUAUUAUAAUACACAUCAACAAAGAUUGCAUAAUCUUAAAUAUCUUUAUGAUAAAAAUAAUCGAUUUUACUUUGAAAAAACAAUCAAGUAG